GUCCCGUUCAUAGAGCCAUCUUUAAAUGCCCUCGCGACUUGUGCUGUGAGCAGCGUGGAUGCCCCAAGUUUUGAAGAGUCUCGUGCAAGUUCGAGGCAUACGCAUUCUUUUGUGUUCGCAGCCCUCCCCCCCCCUCACCAAGCAACUAUGGCGACGAAAACAUCCAGACAGCUUCAGACGCUCGCAGAAAACGCCCGCAAACAGGGAACACAAGACCCUGUAUCCCAAAAGCGGCCAGCCGAGAAAUCCCCAGAAAAGGCCUUGUCGCGGAAACGUGUCGUUCUGGGCGACAUCAACCUCAACCACAAAGCAUUAGAGGCCGCAGCAGCCAAGAAAGGCGGCGGCCUCAUUAAGCCGGGGCCCAAGAAGACAGUGCUUAGGGCACGGAAUGCCGCAGCAGCAGCUGCUGCUGCAAAUGCUGUGCGUAAGGUCGUAGUCAAAGGUACCACUGCCACUGUGGUAGCUACCAAGCCCCCGCCAGAAAAAACUGCUACAAGUUCCAAAGAACCGCAGACGUCCGUUGCCUUGCCCACUGUUUCGGAAGCACAGCAACGCCCUGAGCUGCCAGAAGGUGUUGUAGACUUCGACCUUGAUUCUCAAGACGAGCUUUUCUCGGAGUCCACGUAUGCGGCCGACAUCUUCAACUACUACAAGGAACGCGAGGAAUCAUUCCGGAUAUCCAAGUACCUCGAUCGGCAGGAGGAGCUCUCGGUGGGCAUGCGGUCAGUACUUGUUGACUGGAUGGUGGAGGUGCAGGAGAACUUUGAGCUCAACCAUGAGACUCUCUACCUGGCGGUCAAGUGUGUUGACCGCUACCUGUCCCUAGAGCCCUGCUCCAAGGCCCGGCUACAACUGCUGGGAGCCACUGCCCUGUUCGUGUCUGCAAAGUUUGACGAGCGUUGCCCACCGUCUGUCAGGGACUUCCUUUACAUCUGUGACGAUGCCUACAGCCAUGAAGAACUCAUUUCCAUGGAGACCCACUUGCUAAAAGUAUUAGACUUCGAGCUGGGAAUGCCGUUGUCCUACCGGUUCUUGCGGCGGUAUUCGCGCUGUGCAAGGUUGCCCAUGGAUGUCCUGACACUGGCGCGCUACGUGCUCGAAAGCUCUCUGCUCGACUACAACUUGGUGGAGCAGAGGGAGUCUAAAAUGGCCGCUGCAGCUUUGCUGCAGGCCUUGCUCAUGAAGGGCGACACCUGGAAUCCAACGCUGCAAUACUACUCUGGCUACAAGGCUGAAGAACUGACAAACUUGCAGCAGCAUCUCAACCUGUUCCUGCACCAGCAGCAAAAGGGCAACCUCGAAGCCAUCCGCUCCAAAUACUCGCACAAGGUGUUUCACGAGGUAGCACUUACCCCUUUGCUACCAGUCGCGACAAAGAUGAGCUAGGCAUCUAGGCGCCUUGCCAAAGUGUCCUUGUCGUGCAACUUGCCAAACCAGCCUUUUGUGCAAAAGACUGGAGACAUUUGGAGAGAAUCCGCCAAGCGCGCACACGCAUUGCUCAUUGUGCUCUAAGACCCAUGUACAUAGUCAUCCAAUGCCGCAUUUUUUUUAGUGCUUUUAUCCCAAGACUGCCCUGUUGCCAAUCUGCAAUUUUUAAAUAAACCCAAAUGUGUACAGCCAACAAA